AUAAGUACAAGUGUACUUAUAUACAUAUAUCUUUGAGUUGAUCGUCGCGACGAGGGACCCCUUCACUUUGCCUACCGGCAACUUUGCAUGAUCUGAGCGAUCAUUUUGGCGCCCCCGGGUGGACUCAUCGUGGUGACUUGUUGGACACUGGACAUUGGGUCUGGAGUCAUUCCUGCCAUCUGGUUGUGUAUCUGGAGAUUUGGUUGGACUUUCCUAUUUGCGGUUGUUGGCGAUGCAGUGCCCAAUUCCACAGGGAAGUUAUACACAGGUUUGUGGGUCGCCGUGGAGCAGUCAAGCGGCUAUAUUGCGACAAUGCCACCAAUUUUGUGGGUGCAGCGCGCUUGCUGGAGGAGUUUCGGGCCACUUUCAUCAGGAACCAGGAUGCCAUCAUGUCGUAUGCUGCCACCAAGGGAAUAACGUUCCAGUUUAUUCCCCCUCGAGCGCCGCAUUUCGGCGGCCUAUGGGAAGCGGCGGUAAAGUCGGCAAAGGGGCUCCUCCUCAAGGCAAUAGGAAGCGCCAAGCUGCGGCAGGACGAGCUAGCAACCGUACUGGUAGAGGUGGAGGCCAUCCUCAAUUCGCGGCCAAUCGUGGUGGACGGAGCCAAUCCCAACGACGGCGAGGCGAUAACUCCAGCUCACCUACUCGUAGGCGGAACGCUCGUGCCGCUUCCAACCGGGUCAGGGCAGCCCGUGAGAGACGACAGGCUGACCUACUUGCAACGCUGGCAGCUGAUCUCAGGCAUCAAGCAGCGGUUUUGGGCAGACUGGUCAAAAGACUACCUGCUGAGCCUGCAGCAGCGCCAAAAGUGGGCAGUGGGUCGGCCAGAUCUGGAAAACGGAACGAUCGUACUCGUCCACGAGGACAACGCGCCGCCUCAGCAGUGGAUGCUGGGAGUCGUCCAAGAGGCGAUAAAAGGCGCAGAUGGAAAAGUGCGCGUGGCGAUAGUACGGACGAAGGCAGGAGAAUUUAAGAGGGCAAUUCAUCGCUUGGCGCCUCUGCCAGUCGAGCUGUUUUGAAGCGAAUCGCUUCAACGCGGCCGAUGUAUGGGCAUUUCAUGCCUAUAUACUUAAGUAUAGAUUUAAGUUUGUUGAAAUAAUCUGAAUUGUAGAUAUAAGUUGUUUGAAUUAUCAUUGAAUUGUAGACUUAAAUGUUAAUUUGUA